AUGAAAGUUCUCUCCAUAUUAUUGAUCACCAUUUUAUUGGUGAGCUUCUUCUCACCAUCGGAUGCUGCCAGAGAUCGCAAGAAAAAGAAGCAACGUCAAGAAGAUUCACCUUUAGAAGAGCGUGAAAAUGAAGGUGGAAAACUUGACGAUCAAAAGGAACGUGAAAAGGAAAAACAGGAAAGAGGUGAGAUUUUUGAAAGGCAAUUAUUUUUAUUUCAUGUUGUCUAAAGUGAAAAUGUUUUCUGAAGGUAAAUAAUGUUUUUUCUACAUAAAAUUCUGGAAAGUUUUCAGUUCAUGCUUUGGUUGAAAGACAAGAAGAAAAGAAAAAGGAACGUGAUGAGGAAAGUAGCGAAGAAAAAAGCGAUGAGAAGGAUGAAGAAAAUGACAAGAAGAAUAUGACACUUGGAACUGAAAUUCAUAUUCCACGGGUAAUCAAAAUAUUUUCAAACAUUCCUUUCACAAAAAUUUUCAGGCAAAGCGAAUGGCUGAUGGGCAAGUAGCUGUAACACAAGUGUGUUUUUAUGUAUCAAUAAAAACUUUUUAAAAAAAAUUUAAUUUUAGCUCUUGCGUGCCAAACGUCAAGGAGACUUGCAAGAAAUUAAAAAAUCAAAUGAGAUCAAUGAUGGUGCAAAACUUCCACUUCCAAAUAGACCAUCUCAAACAUCCCAACAAAAAGAAAAAAGUGAUGGGGUAAUUCAAAUAGUCUUCUUUUGAUUCUUUAUUUUCCACACAAAUUUCAGACAAUCGAAAUUCGUUUCAAAAGAAACACAGAUGCCGUUCAUGAAACCAAGAAGAAUCCAGAAAUCAAUGAUGGAAAACAAAUUGAGAUUGAGAAUCGUCCAAAAGUUCAAUCCAAAAAUUAA